AUGUUAUCGACAAUAUGGUGGUCGGUAUUAGGGUUAGUUCUGAUAUCGAUUCAUACUGUUCAAAGUCAAAUAAUGCAGUCAAGUUUGAAUUUACAAGCACCUGGACUUGACUUUUUACCAGCAAAUCCGGUUGAACUAAUCACUACUUAUACUGGUAUGAACUCGUUUCUUUUAUGUUAUAUCCAAUGUAACAUGAAUCCAUUAUGUCGCACUUUUGUCAGUGACAUCGUAUUACCUUCUGUCUGUCGCCUUUAUGAAGGAUCGAUCGAUACAGGAACUAUUGUUAAAUCUUCAUCAUUAACAUCUCGUGUCGGUGGUCUUUAUUAUUAUCCAUCACUUUAUGCUAUGUACAAUCAAAUGUGUGAUCCUCAUGUAUUACCAUCUAAUCGUUACUUAAUAUGUGUUGACAAUGUAUGA